UUUCGUUCAGACUAGUCUUCAAAAAGAUGUUCAUCGAACUGUGCGUGUUUCUCGUAACGGCAUUUUUUGCAUAUGCCUUAUACAAUCAUAAUCGGAUGAAGAAUUUCUUCACCGAAAAUGGAUUGAAGUACAAGCCAUUCUAUCCAAUAUUCGGUAAUAAUUUACAGAGCACUUUUAAACAGAAGCACAUGGUUGAAGACUUAGAUGAAGUAUACAGAGCGUUUCCAAAUGAGAAAUACGUCGCCUAUAUGGAAGGUGGAAAACCACAUUUACUCAUUCGUGAUCCUGAUCUCAUAAAGCAAAUUACUGUGAAGGAUUUCGAUCAUUUUGUUGAUCAUAAGGAGUUCUUUCCGGUCGAGGUUGAACCCUUGUUUGGAAACAGUGUUUUUAUGAUGAAAGGUGAAAGAUGGCGCGAUAUGAGAUCGACGCUCAGUCCAGCUUUUACCAGUUCCAAGAUGAAACUUAUGAUGCCUUUCAUGACGGAAAUUAGUAACAACAUUGUAAAAUAUAUCAAAGAUCAUUCCGAUGAAGAGAUCGAUAUUGACCAAGUUAUCCGAAUAUAUACGAAUGACGUCAUCGCUUCAACAGCUUUUGGCCUUCAAGUCAAUUCUCUUAAAGAUAUAAACAAUGAUUUUUAUAAAGCUGGACAAGAGUUUUUCAAAAUUCCGUUUCUUAGGAGAAUACUAUUCGUUAUUGCUGUUAUUUGCCCAUCAAUAUUGAAGACUUUCAAUCUUUCUGUAUUUCCAAAAAAAACUUCACGAUUUUUAUCCAAUAUUGUAAUUAGUACCAUGGAGUAUAGAGAAAAAAAUAACAUUGAGAGACCUGAUAUGAUACAACUACUAAUGGAAACAUCAAAAGGUUCACUGAAAACGGAGAAGGGGGAAGAUGACGAAACCGGUUUGGCUCCCUUUGUUCAAAAUAAUCGAUCUACCACUAAGUGGACCCCAGAUGAACUAGCAGGUCAAGUAUUUAUUUUCUUCAUCGCUGGAUUUGAAAGUUCCGCAUCGACCUUAGUAUUGUGUCUACAUGAGUUAGCCUUAAACUAUGAAGUUCAAGAUAAGUUAUACCAGGAGAUCAGAAACUACGAGGAAAAGAAUGGCAAAUUAGUGUUCGAAAAAAUUAACGAGUUGAACUAUUUGGAGUGUGUGCUCAAUGAGGCACUCAGAAAAUGGUCGGUGGCGUUGGCACUAGAUAGAAUGUGCACAAAAACUUAUGAAUUACCACCACCCAGAGAAGGUGGAAAACCAUAUACGAUGAAACCUGGUGAUCUUCUGCUCUGUACAGUCAACUCCAUACACAUGGAUCCAAAAUACUUCCCAGACCCUAAAGCUUUCAACCCCGACAGGUUCUUGGAGGAAAACAAACACAAAAUCAAACCAUUUACCUUUUUACCCUUUGGUGCUGGUCCCAGAAACUGUAUAGGUAUACGCUUCGCUAUGAUGGAACUGAAAGUUUUACUUUUCCACUUGGUUGCGAAUUUCGAAAUACAGAAGUGUGAAAAAACACAAGAUCCCGCGGAGCUAGCGCCUCUAGAUCUUAUUAUCGCUGCCAAGGGUGGAAGCUGGGUUAAAUUUGUACCAAGAAAUAAAUAAAAUAAUAUGCAAUAUAAAAAUAAUCAUAAUAAAAUUUUAUUAUUUUCCAUUCAAUUUUUACAUUUUUGUGUUAGUAUUUUAGUAAGAUAAGUGUUAAAAUAUAAUGUUUUUUCUGUUUA